UUAAUCGGAAGUUUAGUGUGUUUUCGGCGUGCGGUUGAGAAGGUUGGUUUGAGUAUAAAGUGCGUUGAAUUCAUUCCAAAAUCAGUUUUUGGAGAUAAUCAACGAUCGCGGAAGCAGUGAUAAAUCAGGAUUAUUUGUUCAAUUUUGUUUCAAAAGUUAUUUUUUGGGUGAUUUUGUGUUGUGGACUGAACAAACACCCGACUCAGUAAUAUGGGGUGGAAACCUCAUAAUAAGUUCAAACUAGGAGUAUGGUCAAUGGUGUUGAUUUAUGUGUUCUUUGUAACUGGAAUAACAUCGACAGCAUCUAAGUCAACUGACACAGAUUUGGUUUUCGACGAUCUACUCGAUGACAACGUUCAUGUUCCAUCGAAAAAUGCACACUCGAUCAAUAAACGUAGCAUUCCCGACGAGGGCGAACGUGACAUCGAUGUCGAAGAGCUGAUGAGCACAAACUCUGACGAGCACUGGUUGUGGGGUUCAGUAAAAAGAAUUCGUCGAAGCAUUGACAAAUUACUUGGCACUGAAAAUCCAUCCGAUGUCGGUGAGACCACAGAGCGGCAACAGAAAGCGGUCAGGAAACCACUACCAAAACACCGGAAGAAAGUUUUGUCCAGCGAUGAUAAGCCUAAAGCCAAGAAGACGUUUAAGAGUGGCGGAAAAGUGAGAGCAGUUGGCAGCAAAAAGAUGCUAUUGCGACCGAAGAGACAAGAAGAGUAUGAAGAUGAGGAUGACAACGAAGAUGAUGAAGAUCUUGAUGAAAAUUUGGAACCAGUCUCAUCGGGAAAUUCCUAUCUACCAUCGGAACUUUACCCACCAGAAGUGUCCGAAAAGGAAGAUCGUUUAUUCCGAGUGGUGUUUACUGUUGUUGACGCUUGGAAACCGGAAUUCGAGGAUCGUGGCAGUGAAGAAUUCAAAGAAUUCGAUCGGACAUUUUCAUCGGCCGUUGAGGAUUUGUAUGCCAAAAAUACCAACGAUGUUGAUAAUCACGUUUACGCAAAGGUUGUGCAAAUAAGGGAGGACGAGAAUGAUCGACAUUUCAAAUUAUUCGUCACCGUUGAUAUCACCUCGGAUAAUCGAAUAAGCGGUGCAGGUCUGGACAGAAUUAUACGACAAGAACUAGGAACGUAUAACAAGAUUGGAGACUACAUUGUCCAACUAGAUAGUCACUACAAGUUUACGACUACGGAAGGCCGAGCCGACGCUGAAGAUAAAUGGCUAAAAGAAUCGUAUCCCGAAACAACAUCCGAAUCUGACAACGAUUUCAUCGAUAAAGACGGAGACAUGGAUUACGAAACGGUUGAACCGACGGAACGACACUGUUCCGACAAUGAGUUUGAAUGCAUCAGCGAUCAUAAAUGCAUUCCGCUGGACCAAUACUGUGACUACAGUAAAGAUUGCGACGAUGGUUCCGAUGAGAGUUCGUGCGCAACGACGGCUAGUCCUGUGAGCAGUAAUGCCGAUGCCAAUGUGGAUGGUUCAGGUGUUGUGACAGAAGGUGGUGAUAGCCCCGGCGAAGACGAUUAUAGUUAUACAUCGCCUUCUUUAGACACACCAACAUCAUCAAAAUGCCGUGCUGAUGAUGUUGUGCGGUGUAAAUUUACGCCUAGCAUUGAAAUUUGCGGAGAUCAGUUUUGUGACGGAACUCUUGACUGUCCAGAUGGUGAAGAUGAGACCGAUUGCCCAAACAACGAAUGUAACUCGGACGAGUUCUCUUGUGACAUAAGUCGCUGUAUUCCGAUAUCGCAACGAUGUGACAACGAGUACAAUUGCAAUGACGGCACAGAUGAAGAAGGCUGUCCAUCACAUCCAGUGGAACCAAAACCUGACUGCACACCCGACGAAUUCCGCUGCGGUGACGGUUCUUGCAUACCACAUUCAUAUUACUGUGAUGGUGCCGUAAAUUGUCCGAAUGACGAAGAAGAUGAAAGAGACUGUGGCUGCCAAGACAACGAGUACACGUGUCUCGACCAAUCGUGUAUUAGCAAAUCACAAGUUUGCGACACAUAUCGCGACUGUAUUGAUGGUGACGACGAAGAAAACUGUCCUGAUGUGGAUAGACCAUGUAACCCAUCUGAAUUUCAAUGUGAUGGUCGAAAAUGUUUGAGCAACCAAAAGCGUUGCGAUGGAAAAGUAGAUUGUAGAGACUACACUGAUGAAAAGAAUUGUCACAUUCACUCAAACGCAUGCGAAGGAAAGUUUAAAUGUGGCAAUGGUCAUUGCAUUGAUAUAGAAUUGCGAUGUGACGGAUUGCACCAGUGCAAUGAUCUAUCCGAUGAAAUAAAUUGUUCAAUAUCCGAGACAACAACGCAUCAUGAUCUAUGCACGAAUGAUGAGUACGCAUGUUCAAACGGUGAAUGCAUUCCACAGUCUGCCGUUUGUGAUAAUGUUACAGACUGUAGUGACGGCGGUGAUGAGCAGGAAUGUUCUUGUGCUCAUAAUGAGUUCUCAUGUUUAAAUGGUGGUGGAUGCAUUCAAAUAAGGAAGAAGUGUGAUGGUAUUGAGGAUUGUUACGAUGGAAGCGACGAAGUUAAUUGCGCCAGAAAGUAUGCCGGAUCGCCGCUUCUAGUUUCUUGCGAACCUGGAGAAUUUCAAUGUGCCGAUGGAAUAUGCGUAGCUGGGUACAAGCGAUGUAAUGGAAUUGUUGAUUGUUCUGAUGAUUCCGAUGAAUUGGGCUGUUUGCGUAGAACUUAUGAAAAUUUUUAUGAUGACGAUGACGAUGAUCAAUGUGCUGAAAAUGAGUUCUUGUGUGACCAUGACAAGUGUAUAUUGAAAUCACACGAAUGUGAUGGCACCGUAGAUUGUAACGAUGGAACCGAUGAGUUGAAUUGUCCGCAACAUCAAGUUCGUUGCCGACACGACCAGUUUCAAUGCAACAACGGUCUCUGUAUCGACAGUGAAGAUCAGUGUAACGGAUACCGUGACUGUCUGGACGGAUCAGAUGAACAGCGUUGUGCUAAAUGCUUAUCGGGAGCUUUUCAUUGUGGAAGUGGUGAAUGCAUUACCAAUCAGCAACGAUGUGACCGAGUUCACGAUUGCAAUGAUUUAAGUGAUGAAAUUGGUUGCGUUUAUAAAUGUAAAUCCCACGAGUUUCGCUGUGGCGAUGGCUUAUGUGUAGAUAAACGUCAUUUAUGUGAUGGAAUAAGAAAUUGUCCAGAUUCGUCGGAUGAGCUCGCUGAAAAUUGUGACGGUCAUUAUGGACAACAUUAUGCUUCAACUAAGGCACCAACAUCAUCAUGUGGACACGGAGAAUGGCAAUGCACUAGUGAUGAAUGUAUUAAUAUUGACUUUGUGUGUGAUGGAACGCCAGACUGUAUCGAUAAUUCUGAUGAGGGAUCACAGUGUAACAUUAACAAAGAUAACACUCCAAGUUGCCAACGAGACGAAUUCGCAUGUCCAAACGAUCGAUGCAUUCCCAAUCAACGGGUUUGCGAUGGGUAUGAGGACUGUAUAAGCGGUGAAGACGAACAAAAUUGUCCCACCGAACGACCACAUGUAACAACACCACGACCAUUUGAAUGUCCUGAACAUAAAUGUCCGAAUGAAAACCGAUGCUAUCUGGACUCGGAUCGAUGCAAUGGACGGUAUGAUUGUGGCGAUGGAUUUGAUGAGCAAGGAUGCCCGCAACCAUGUCGCCAAAACGAAUUCACUUGUGGUGACGGUAGCUGCAUACCCGAAUAUCGAAAAUGUGAUCAACGUCGCGACUGCCGUGAUGGUUCCGACGAAACAAAUUGCAUAGACUCAGGUUCCCAACAGGGAUGUCCACCUGGACAGUGGCAGUGUCAAUACGGCGAUUGCAUUCCAGCAUCGGGUCUCUGUGAUGGUCGACCUGAUUGUCGCGAUCAUUCAGAUGAACGAAAUUGCCUGCCGGAGGAAAUUGAAGAGGAACCGUGCGCGAAAGACAUGUUUCGCUGUGAAAAUGGACCUUGUAUUCAUGAAUCGCUACACUGUGAUGGUGUUAUUGAUUGUCCAUUUGAUAUAAGCGAUGAGCUUGAUUGUCACACUUUGUAUUAUAAUUUGUACAAUAACACAGCUACCACAGAAGCACCACGAUUGAAUCUCAAAACAUACCCGAAUGAGCAAACUAUUAAAGAAAGACAAAUCAGGGAGGGUCGUGAAGUCGUGUUCCAAUGUCGUGAUGAAGGACCAAUCAGAGCUCGCGUGAGAUGGGCUCGACCAGCCGGCCGACCACUUCCACCAGGCUCCAGAGAUAACAAUGGACGACUGGAAAUUCCGAAUAUUAGGCAAGAACAUAAUGGCGAGUACAUAUGUGAGGCAGUCGGAUAUCCAUCGUCAACAAAAGGAUCUCAAGUUUCCGUCUUUUUAAAUGUAGAGAAAUUCGACCCCAUCCAUGACCGUCCACCAACAGCCUGUGGAGUUACCCAAGCAACUUGCAUGAAUGGCGAUUGCAUUGACAAGAGCAAAAUCUGUGACGGAAUUUAUGACUGUAAUGACGGAUCAGACGAGUCCAGUUGCAGCACUUCGCACCGCUGUGAGCCCAACGAAUUCAAAUGUAACAAUAAGAAAUGUGUUCUGAAAACGUGGCGUUGUGACGGAGAAAAUGACUGUGAAGACAAUUCCGACGAACAAGCUUGUGUGGCGAAUUCAAGCUCGGCCUGUAGAUACGACGAAUUUCAAUGUCGAAGUGGCCAGUGCAUUCCAAAGUCAUUCCAAUGUGACACACACGCCGAUUGUUUGGAUAGUUCGGACGAGGUUGGAUGUGCAGCACCGAGUGUAGCUCAACCACCGCCGCCGAUGGUACAAUUGCAACCUGGCUCUAUUUUCAAUAUAACUUGUCGUGCAGUGGGUGUUCCAGUGCCGUUGAUUGUGUGGCGCUUGAAUUGGGGCCAUGUUCCCGACAAAUGUUCGUCGACGAGUAAUAAUGGAUACGGUGUACUCACAUGUCCGAACGUUGAAGUACGUGAUUCUGGUGCCUAUUCAUGCGAAAUUAUUAACUCCAUGGGCACACAUUUCGUAACUCCGGAUACCAUUUUGAUUGUCAGUGGAAAUGAUACCGUAUGCCAGAGUGGAUUUUUCAACAAGAAAGCAAACCGACCGGAAGAAUGCAUUUCGUGCUUCUGUUUCGGAGCUAGUACACAAUGUUCAAGUGCAGAUUUGUUUACCUAUUCGCUUAAGCCACCAGUAACUUCAUUGACUGUGGUUGGUGUGGUUGGACCAUGGAAUGGAGCGCGAAACGAUAUUGCCAUCACAGAUUUUAAGAAACACGAUCUAAUUGCAACAAGACACGGAGUGCAGUUGAGAUUGGCCAACAUUCCACUAUCUCGAGAGUAUCCUUACUAUUCACUACCCGAUGACUAUCACGGCAACCAAUUGAAGUCGUACGGCGGUUUCUUCAAAUAUGAUGUCGAGUAUGAUGGCCAAGGCUCACCAAAUGAUGCUCCCGAUGUGAUUCUUACCGGUAAUAGCUACAAUUUAGUGUAUCGUUCACAUAAUCGCAUCGAAAACGGCAUUCGAAACUCUGUAUCUGUGGCAUUUGCACCUGGCCACUGGCACACAACUGACGGACGUCUUGCGUCCCGUGAAGAAAUAAUGAUGGCUUUGGCCAACGUUCAAAAUAUUCUGAUCAAAUUGCAGUAUGUUGACCAUGUACAGAGACAAGUCGAACUAUUGAACAUCUUUAUGGACUCAGCAGCUAAUUACGAUCAAGGAUUAGGCUCAGCAUCGUUGGUAGAAGAAUGUCGUUGUCCCAUUGGCUAUUCGGGAUUGUCAUGUGAGUCAUGUUCACAUGGAUAUGUUCGACAACAAACUGGCGCUUGGUUGGGACGAUGUGUUCCAGAAGCUGAACCAUGCCGACCUGGUACUUACGGAGAUCCUGAACGUGGAAUUCUUUGCAAGCCGUGUCCUUGUCCUCUCACAAACUCGGGCAACCAAUUUGCUCGAACCUGCUCUCUUGGACCUGAUGGUGAUGUAAUUUGUGACUGUGAACGUGGAUACACAGGCCGUAGAUGCGAAGUGUGCGACAGAGAUUAUGCUGGAAAUCCAUCGUAUCCGGGCGGAUCCUGUCAGCCGAUACAACAAAGUCACUGUGAUGCCCGCGGAACGUAUCGAACACAUGCAAAUGGCGUGUGUGAAUGCAAGAAACAUGUAACUGGAGCCCGAUGUGAUCAGUGUUCUGCAUCUUCGUUCAAUUUGAAUGCAAUUUCGCCAACCGGUUGCACGGACUGUUUCUGUACCGGUGUGUCGAAAUCGUGUACCAGCAGUUCAUAUUACAGAGAUUCGAUACAUUCCACGUUUACACCGAGCAGGAAUGAAUUCUCAUUGAUCACGGACUACGAAAAUCCAGAUGAUGCUGAGAUCGGAGUGCACACAUCCAGCUAUGAAGUAUCAUUCUCUGGUAGUUCAAAUGAUCCGAACGUCUAUUAUUGGAAAUUGCCAAGUCGAUUCGUUGGAAACAAAAUCACGUCAUAUGGCGGCAAUUUGAACUACACAAUCCGUUAUGUUCCACUUGCUGGAGGAGUUAUGUCUCGGAACAGUGCACCAGAUGUGGUCAUUCGCAGCUUGAAUGACAUAGAAAUUCUACAUUAUCGCAGAGAAGAAGUGGCACCAAGUGGAUCUCAAGCGUAUGUUGUACCGAUAUUGGAAGGAAAUUGGCAAAGAACUGACGGCAACACAGUCAAUCGCGAACAUCUUCUAAUGACCUUGGCCGAUGUCUCUGACAUAUUCAUUAAAGCUACAUACACAACGAUAACCGAAGAGGCUGCAUUAUCUCAUGUCAGUCUUGACAUUGCUACUGAACAAAGUACUGGAUCAUAUCAACGUGCUGUUGAAGUUGAACAAUGUACAUGCCCACCGGGACAUGAAGGAUUAUCUUGUGAAGACUGUGCACCAGGCUAUAAGCGAAGCAUCGGCGGCCUAUAUCUUGGGCUCUGUGAACCGUGCUCUUGUAAUGGUCAUUCGGACGAAUGUGACCCGGAAACCGGUAGAUGUUCGAACUGUCGCGAUAACACUUACGGAGACGAGUGCGAAUUUUGCGAACCUGGCUUCGAAGGAAACGCCAGCAAUGGAACACCAUAUGACUGCACGAAGGGCAACGAUCCAUAUCCUCCGACGAAAAGGCCAGACACAGGCGAUUACACAAAAUGCGACCAAUGCGAUCAUAGAGGUGUGAUUGCAUGUGACCGUCAUUCACGCACAUGCGUCUGCAAGGCUAAUACCAUUGGCACCAAAUGUGAUCAGUGUCGCGAAGGAACGUAUAACCUCCAAGAAUCAAAUCCAUCUGGCUGUUCAGAAUGUUUCUGUUCCGGCGCUUCACGAAGCUGUUCAUCGUCUCGCUUGUAUUUGGAACAAAUUCCAAUGAUCAUUUUCGAGGAUAAGUUCACAAUAACGAAUCGGUUAGGUGAGCCCAGAACAGCCAAUGAGCACCUUAACAUAGACGUGUCAGCAAAUAUGUUGUCAGCAAAUGUGGACGGUUCAGAGACAUUUUAUUGGAGUCUACCUGCUCGAUUCUUGGGUAACCAGAUCUUGUCAUAUGGUGGCUCAUUGAACUUCACCACACGAAAUGUGGCCGACGGAGAAUAUGUUCCCGAUCAAGAUGUCAUUUUGACUGGAAACGGUUUGACAUUGUUCUGGACACGGCGCUAUUAUGUGGAAGGGGCGGAUUCCGUUAGAUUGAUUGAAAGCGAAUGGCAGAGCGUCGAACGAAGCGGUACACGUCCUGCAUCGCGCUCAGAUCUUCUGACAGUAUUGAGUGAUCUGCAGUACAUUCUGAUCAGAGCUUCAUUGAAAGAGACCGUCUAUGAGGUACAAAUUAGUGAUGUAUCAUUGGACACUGCCGUUCAGCAACAAACUGGCCAAAGUGCCGUUGAAGCUGUUGAAGUUUGUAGGUGUCCGGCGGGAUAUAGCGGAACAAGUUGUGAGACUUGUACACAAAAUUACUAUCGUGACGUACACGAUCGUUCCGCUGGUCUCUUGGGCGUAUGUAAACGUUGCCCGUGCUCUGAGAAUGCUGACUCAUGCAGUGUUGGCUACGAUCAACGUGUGGUGUGCAACUGCCGAAGUGGAUAUUACGGUGAAACUUGCAGCGAAUCGACCUAUCAACCACCGACAACACAUCGUCCCAGACCAAUACCCCCAACAAUUCAGGUAAUCGUCUCAUCGCCAGUCCUGCAAAUUGUUGAUGUCGGAAACACCGUUCGCUUGUCAUGUUCUGGUUUCCACAUCGUCAAGAAAAUUCCGAUUACGGUUCGUUGGAUCAAAAAAGAGGGUCGCCUACCAGACCGUGCAUAUGAAGACCAUGGAACUUUGGUCAUCACAAAUGUUCAAUAUGAUGAUAGCGGUGUGUAUACAUGUCGCGCCAAUGUUGGUGACGAAGUAGCUGAAGAAGAUGUGACUGUUACUGUUGGAGGUGACAGUCCUCGACCGCCACAUAUUACAUUAAGUCCAUCCUACAUCGAAGUGGAUGAAGGAACUUCAUCAGAAGUACAGUGUCAAUCGGCAGGCACACCACCAGUUCAAUAUUCUUGGGAACGACUGAAUGGCGACUUAUCGCACGAAAUCGAACUGAACGAAGGUUACCUCCGGUUCAACAUCAUCCGAAAACAGGACGAGGGCGAAUAUCGUUGUACGGCCAGAAAUUAUUAUGGCGACGACACUCAAAUCUUGAAUGUAUACGUUCGCGAAUCUUCAACGCAAGUACCGUAUCCUCAGCCGACUGAAGUCGAAAUCGUACCGCCCCAUUACAGUGGACGUCCCGGAGAUGAAGUGAGAUUGACAUGUUCUGGUCAGUCAGGCAGCAGAUUGGAUUGGUCCAAAUCUGGUCAAGACAGAUUAGCUUACAACAUUCGCGUCACUAACGGCAUACUGAUCAUUCGUGAAGCACGUAUUGAAGAUUCUGGUCGCUAUAUUUGCACAUCUUAUCCAAGCUAUGGACCACCAUCCUCUCAAACCGCUGAAGUGUCUAUCGGUCAACGAACAGAACCACCGCAAAUUAAACGAUUCAAUGAAAUCUACAACAUUGUUCAAGGUCAAGACUUUUCUCUGAAUUGUGAAGCCUCUGGUUCGCCGUAUCCAACGGUCAAAUGGGAUAGAAUUCAUGAAUCGUUCGAAUCGAAUAUGAAUCAAAAUGGAAAUAUCUUACGAAUUAUGAACGCACAACCAUCAAAUCGUGGUGUGUACACUUGCACUGCUGAGUCUUCUGAAGGAAUCGUAGAGGAGAGUGCUAUCAUCGAAGUUGAACCUCGUGAGGCACCAGUCCUGGAAAUAUAUCCAGUUGAACCACAAACGGUUCGCAUUGGAGAGGAAACUAUUCUCUCUUGUCGCGCCAUCGCUGGUAUUCCGACACCAACAAUCAAAUGGGCAAGACGCGACAGACAACCCUUGUCACACCGGAUCAAUGAAGAUGAUGCUGGCACGCUAACCUUCCAAGAUGUUACGUUGGCAGAAGCUGGUGAAUACGAAUGCCAAGCCGAAAAUGUGGCCGGAAAAGUGACAGCUACAUCCUCGCUUCAUGUUCAGCAGAUACCGAUCAUUACACUCGAACCAAAUGUUACCGAAAUAACCGUAACUGAGGGUGACGAAUUGAAGAUUGAAUGUUCAGCAAUCGGUUCGCCCACACCCAGCGUCAUAUGGAAGGAGCCUCUGCAACUAGCUGGAAUUUAUCCACAGAGUGCACCCAGACAACACACAUCCUACGCCACUAUUCAGAAAUAUCAUACUCGUCAAUCGGAUGAAGGAACGUACAUUUGCAGUGCCAAAAAUGAUGCAGGAAGUGAUGAGCGAUACAUUGAGGUUAUCGUUAAAGAGAAGCGCGGAGACAUUGGCUAUGAACCAAACGAACGACCAGAUGAUCGUCGUCCAUAUCCCGAUGAUCGUCGCCCAUAUCCUGAUGAUCGUCGCCCAUAUCCCGAUGAUCGUCGUCCAUAUCCAGAUGAUCGUCGUCCAUACCCUGAUGAUCGUCGUCCAUACCCUGAUGAUCGCCGUCCAUAUCAACCGGAAGAGCCCGGCCGAAUUGAACCGUACAAAGUAGCUAUCGGCGACAAAACGGAAAUGCAUUGUAACAUCGAAAAUCAAAACAAGCCAACGUCAUGGCGACGUGUCGAUGGACGUCCACUGCCGCGUGGUUCCCAUUUGAAUGGAGGAGUUUUGAUCAUUGAUGUGACAGCUCACGAUGCAGCCGGAUUUUAUGAGUGCACUGUUCGAGAGCAGCAUGACGAAAUUCCUGUCGUGCGAACGGAAAUUGUUGUGAUUGAACUUCCACGAAUUACUUUCCUACCAUCAAUGCCGAUGACUGUGCGAUCUGGCGACACCGUUGAGAUUUUAUGCAAUGUUACUGGUGAACAGCCGAUCCGUGUCCAUUGGCAUAAUGAAGAUUUCCGACCAUUGCCAUACUCGGUCAACGUACGUGGUAAUUAUUUGGAAUUCACUCACAUUACACCGAAAGACGCUGGUCGCUAUUAUUGCACAGCUGAAAAUGUGCAUGGAAAUGUAACGAAAGUGGCUGAGGUGAUUGUGAAUCGUAACGAAAUCACCGACAAUCGUCCGAGCCAACAAAGUCGCGUACAAGAAGUCGUUGAGGGUGAAACAGUUUCGUUGUACUGUUCGUCACCGAACGAAGACUCAUCACACCGGUUCAACUGGCGACGCGAAUAUGGUGAAAUUCCCGACACAGCUACAUUCGAUCAUAACAAUCGAUUGAUUUUGAACCGAAUCACGCCCGAAGACACCGGUCGCUACAUUUGCCAGAUGACGUCGCCGGACAAUGUGGUUACGCAGAAUUACGUGGAUGUUCAACUAAAGCCGAUGCGAACGCACGAACCAUUCAGAAAGUGCACAAUCAAUGACUUUAAAUGCAAGUCCCAUCCGAAUACUUGCAUUCCGCAAUCGAUGGUAUGCGAUGGAAUAUACGAUUGUGUUGACCAUUCGGAUGAAGCUGACUGUUAUGCUCGACGAAAUAGGAUACGCACGAAAAAGGAUGGUGAUCUGGCUGCACCGUCGAAACUAAUUGCAUCGCAACGACUGCCAUUCUUGAAAUUGGAACCAUCUAGAUCAUAUCUACGGCCCGGUGAAUCCAUAAAUGUCGAUUGUACAUCUUCAACCGGAUAUUCCCGAAUAAUUUGGGAACGAAAGAACGGUCUCGAAUUGCCGUACAACUUCAAGCAACAAGGAAACAAAUUGCAGAUCACAAAUGCUCAAACUCAAGACUCUGGUCUGUACAGCUGCAUUUGCUACACCGAGGAAGGUCAGCAAUAUGCAACCGAAUAUGAAUUGAAUAUCGAAGAAGCACCAGCUCGCAAAGAAAUGCGUCCGCCAAAGGUGGAGCAUGCUGACGUUGGUUCCACUGUUGUGUUACGCUGUAAUGCCGAUCGCUAUCCAGCGAGAUUCUACUGGUCCAGGCAACACGGCAAUUUUGCACCUGGACAGGACAUUUCAAGUAGUGAACUUCGAUUGGUUGAUGUUCAAGCCAAAGACGCCGGAACAUACAUUUGUACCGCAAACAACAAUGGCAAUACUGUAGAAAUUCCAACAACGUUAGUCGUUACUGGAGCCAUUCCUUAUUUCCCACAGGCUCCGAAGAGUUACAUCGUGUACCCUAAGCUGGAGGAUGCCUACAUGAAAUUCAAUUUUGAAAUUACUUUCAAACCAGAAAAAGGCAACGGGCUUAUUUUGUACAACGGACAGAAACGUGCCAACGGAGACUACAUUGCAUUGUCGUUAAACAAUGGAUUCCCUGAAUUCAGAUACGACUUUGGCAACGAUCCUAUCGUCAUACGAGCGGACAAACCAAUAAAACUCGGACAAUGGCACACCAUUAAAGUGAAUCGAAUUCGUAAAGAUGGUUUCAUGGUUGUCGAUGAUCAACCUCCAGUAGCAUUCCCCACACGUACCAGAUUAGGUUUGGAACUAAUCGAUAAUCUGUAUCUUGGAGGUGUGGCUAGCUUCGAUGACAUAGUUCAAUCGGCCGUCGAGCACAAAGAAGGUUUUGUUGGAUGUAUCAGUCAACUGGUACUGAAGGAUCGUAGGAUUGAGUUGAAUCAAGAUUCACUAUACAGCGAAGGAACAACAUCAUGCGAACCUUGUGCUGACGAUCCAUGCCAAAAUGAUGGAGUUUGUUUGGAAAGUCAAACGGAAACGGGAUACACUUGCGUUUGUCAGACGGGAUUCACCGGAAAGACUUGCUCUUUCGAAGGGGACUCGUGUUCGCCUGGAAUUUGCGGUGCAGGACGAUGUGAGGACACGGAAUCAGGAAUCUCAUGUUUCUGUCCAAUGAACAAAACUGGUGAUCGGUGUCAGUACAUUGAACAUUUAGAUGAAAGCAACCUGUCCUUCAAAGAUGGAAGUUAUGCCUCUUAUAAGCCACCAAAGUCUUCAAAGCUACACAUUAAAUUCCAAAUUCGACCAGAAAAUACCGAAAACGGAGUAGUCCUCUAUGUGGCUGAGUCUGAAAGAGCUAAUGGCGAUUUUGCUGCCGUACUUAUCAACGACAAACACUACGAAUUCCGCUUCAAUACUGGUGCACGGCUGCGUCCAGUCAUAAUUCGAUCUGCUGAACCAGUAGUACCGAACCAAUGGACUGAGAUCAUUGUUGGUCGUCGUCACGGCGAUGGAUAUUUGCAGGUCGGUGAUAAGCCGCAAGUUUUAGGUAAAACGAUUGGACCCGCCACUCGAAGCAUGUACUUGAAGACAAACCUUUACAUCGGUGGAUACGACAAGAGGCUGUUACUCAACAAAGGAAUCGACGUAACAAGAGGUUUCGAUGGUUGUAUAUCUGGGCUGGAAACAUCAACCCAAAAGUAUGACAUGGUUCGAGACAUAAUCGAUGCCGCUAAUGUCCAGAACUGCGGAGAGACUAAUGUUAUUGAUGACACCAUCAGAGAACCUCUUGCUUGCCGACCAGGAUACUCUGGUCCAAAUUGUGAUCAGGUCCAAGAUGUUUGCAUAGCAAACGAUCCUUGUGAAAAUGACGGUGUAUGCAGACCGAAGGGAGACGACUUCCAAUGUGAUUGCCCUGUAGGAUACACCGGUGAUAUAUGCCAACAUCACUCAUCCAUCAGCCUUGCUUGCCACAUGAAAGGCAAUGGAUACAUCGAAUUGAACCGAUCGUCGAUUGUAAACGGACCCGUACAAAAGGAGAUCUUAAUCGCACUGUUAUUCUCGACCACACAUCCGAACGGACUGCUAUUCUGGUACGGUCAAAACAAGCAAGAAUCGUACAACGGACAGGACUUCGUUGCGCUUGCUGUUGUCGAUGGAUACUUAGAGUAUUCAUUCCGAUUGAACAGCGAAGAGGCGAUGAUUAAAAACAUUCAAACGAGAGUGGACGAGGGUGGACGACACAUUGCCAUCAUUAAGCGAACCGGCAAUCAAGCUAGUUUAGAGUUGGAUGGUUUGACAUCGUAUGGAGAAAGUCGACCGACUGAUAAACUGGAAAGUAACUUGCCAGGACAUCUGUUCUUAGGAGGAGCGCCAGAUUUGAAUAACUUUACAGGCAACAGAUACACACAAGGAUUCCACGGAUGUAUACAUGUUGUUGAGGGUCAUGAGGACAAAGCGAUCGAUCUGGGUCAGAAUGUUGUCAGCGGAUUAAAUGUCGAUCAAUGUCCAGAUGACGAAGCUGACAUUGAUUUAGGACCAGAACCACCAGUAGUAUAAGAGCUUUCAGCAAAAAUUUAAUCUACCGUUUGUUACCGUUAUAACGACGAAACAACCACAAAAAAUACAAACUACAAUCACUGUUUGUCUUCACUCAGUUCAUUUACACUAAAGAAUGAAAUCUCAAUUUUUCGUUUCUUUUUUUUAAUUUUUUUUAAUUAAACUUUUUUUUUACUUUUGAAAUGUCGAACGGAAAAAGUGCCAAAAUAAAUAAUUGUAAGCAAAAAUAUUUUUUCCCUUAAUUCUACAACCAAAUAAGAAAAGAAAAAAAGGAGUAAAUUAUCGAAGGAAUGGAACGACGUAUAAUAAUGCUGAUAUCGCACGAAAUACUAUAAUUUAUAUGGUCUUGUCAAUAUUUAAUUUUUAGUUUUUAUACUCAGCACUGCCCCAUCCCAGUUUCCUUUCACAUUUUAGAUGUAUACUCAAGUCAAAAUGUGUCAUGAUCAAGUAAAAAAGUGAAAAACAUGAUACAACAUUUCUGUGCCAUUGUUGUUCUGUUUUCGUUUCGUUGAUAGAUUUAACUACUUUAAUUUUAAUUAAUUAAUUUUUUCAAGAGAAAGCUUUCUGGUGCUAAGGAUUUUUUUUAAACGGAUUUUUGUUUUGUUAAGCUUUUGGUCUAAAGUUUAAAAUUUCUUAUCGUCCUGUUUGUUUAAUUUUUUUUAAAUUGUUAUUGUAAAAAGUUUAUAGAGAAAGAGGGAUCAGUAAUAAUUCUCGCACGUUAAAUAAAAAAAAAACCAAAAUGAGAAGAAAACGUGAUUUUGUAAAUUAAAUAAAAGGAAAUAAAAUUUAAUGAAAAAACGCUUUCCCGCUUAAGUUA